ACGGGGGCCUCAAGUGACAGUAGAUGCUGCUUAGCGACGUGCGGCAGCUUGGCGGCUCAUCAUUUAAACACGUUUUUCUAAAUUCAUUCAAAUUAUUCAGUUUAUUUCCCAUUAUUCAUCAAUGAAUUCUCUUUUUUUGAAAUAUUUUUUUCGCAAAUUCAUUUAAAAGAAAAAAAUAAAAAAAAAAUCCUUAUCGCUUUUCUCUUUAUAAUUCUCUCUUUGUAAAUGAAAUAUAAAUAAUCAUUUACCUGAUUCUCAGUGUGAUUAUAAAUAGAAAGUAAUUCACAAUAGAUGAAUAAAUUAUGAUUAGUAAUUAUAUGUGUGCAAAUUGGUGAUACUUGUGAAUGUAUGAGAUGGAAGAAUUGCAAUAGGAAUAUUUUAAAUUGUGCAAUAUAUCAGUAACGUUCAGAAAUAUUGAAAUUGCAAACUGUAUUAUCCUUGGAUCAGAUUCAUUUGGAAAUUUAACAUGAGCUUCAAGGAAUGAUCAUCAGAAAAGUUACAGCGCGUGUUGAUGAUGAAAAUUCCCAGCAUCCUAGUUGAAUGGAUGAUAAAAAUGUUUUAUCAAGAAAAUAAUUUUAUUUGGAACUAUAAAGAAGUGUUGUGAGAUCUUUCGUUACCUUAUAUUUAAAAUUUGAUCAUUAUUGAGUCUAAUGAAGGCAUGGACAUCAGUAUAGCAAUUCAAAAAGUGUGGAUGAAACCACCUAUUUGUAAGGAUGCUGGAACCAAUGGAUUCCAGGAACAUAGGAUAAAAUGAAUAGAAGAGAGGACCCGCUGCUACGGCAGCAUCGCAGCAGAUUGCUGCAGUUAGCCGAGGUUACCAAUAUCAAACCUGGUCGUGGCAGCGGGAAAAGACGUGGUCAGAGAACCCAACAAAAUUUUGGACCCAGUAAUGGAGGUUCCAGCACUGGAAGUCGAAUAACUCUUCAAGAUAUUGUAAGAAAUGAUCCAGGAUAUACGCCAAAUAUAGAGCAUCUCGUUUUUCGUGAAAGCAAAAGCGGCAAUUCAAAUACAUCAGAUGGCUCGCCACAAAAUAAAUCCAAGGGAAAUUCAAAUCCCAAUAGAUCUAAAUUAGCCGAUGUCUUUUCACGAACAUAUUCUCGUGGUUCAUCACCAGAUUCUUCUACAAAUCGAAAAAAUCAUCUCAAUAGUAAAUCAUUGGACAGUGGUGGGGCUUUUGGUCAUCAAUAUUUGUCAGGAACAGGUUCAAUAUCAAGAGUCACGCCAAGACGUUGGCUAUCGCAAACAUCGCAAUCUCAAAUUUCGAGACAACAUUCAACUGAUGAUGGUCUACGUGGAGGACCUGUUUCGACUUCGUCGUCAUCAACGAAUCAUAUUAUGGCUUCUCGUCGUGUCAAUCCUGCCGCCGAUUCAACAGAGAUCACCAAUCAGGGCCCAGCGUUGCGAUCAGACAGGGGUACGAAUCUAUCAAUUCUACACCUGCGCGGAACUUCAGAUCCAUGGGAAGUCAGUUCCCAAGGUUCUGCAUACAGUGUUGGAAGUACAAAAAGUCUAACAGCAUCAUCUAGAGGAAAAUCUAUUGCAAAUACACGCGGUGGCUAUAGCCGUGGAAGUUCAAUACCCUCUCUCAAGCGACACGAGUCGCAAAUCUCAUCGAAAACCAAUAGUCUUAAACAACGUCAAGAUGGACAAAAUCAAAUACGACGUCGUGAUACUGUGGCCAAUUUUCUAUCAGGAGCCAGUGGUUCAUCUGGUGAUCUUUUUGUCAGCGGUAGCUGUAGUCGUGAAUUGUCUCCUGUUCAUUGGUGUGAACACGAAGUAGACGGUGUUUAUCUUGGUAGGUCAGGUUGGGUUCAAGUCCAACAGAGAUCACUUGACGAUAGAAGAACCAACUAUGCAAACAAAAUUGGAAACAAUGUUGGUACACUACCACUGGCACGAAGAACAAAAUUAGCAGACUAUCAUUGCAGCAAAAGUGAACCGGGCAAAUGUCCCGAUUUUUCACGUCUCGAAUCACAAAGACCCGAUUAUCUUGCCCUUCACAAUCGUCGUGGUGAUUAUGAUCCACCUAGUAAUUGUUCCUCACCCCAUGAUAUACCCGAAUCAUUCUCACCACCCUCACUGACACCCAUAAUCUCUCCACCGCCAGCUUUUCAAGACGUUGGCAAAAGAUCUUCAUCAAGACACAUGUCUAAUGCAACCUAUCCGAAAGCUCCAUUUCUACCACGUUCAAACGCCAUUGUAGAUAGCGACAUAAUCAGCCCACCACCCUCACCACCUCAUUCAAGAAAUUGGAGUUCACUACCAUCUUCCGUAUCGCGAAAAUCCACAACUCUUUCUGCCAAUAAACUUCGCAAGACACCAAAUAUCCAGUCUCAACAAUAUCGUAUGGCCCAAGCCAAAUCCCUCGAAGAUCAGUCGUCUUCAAGAAGAAGUCAGUUUGCUCAAAGAUACAUGGAGUCCUCCUCUUCAUCAUCCUCUUCAAUGGGAUUUAGAAGCCUUGACAGUUGUAUGAAUCGAACGACAAUGCCAAGAUUAGCUGAAAAUACAGAUUCAUCUGUAGAGGGAUACGAUGAUGAUGAAGAUGAUUUAAGUACAAUUUCACCAACUAUUGUUCCACUACACUCAUCAAAUGAAUCAAUUCGUGCCAAUGGUGAAAGAAUAUCACCCGGUAGUCGACAGAAUAGACAUUAUCGUGGUCAACAAACCCUAAGAAGAUCUCCCGGCUCUUCUGAAUCCGGAAAACAAAUUUCUUUCAAUUCUUCAUCAUCAUCAUCGUCAUCGACUUCAAGUGAACGUCAGGCACGUUCACCAAACUUCAGACGUACAACAACGCCUAGACAACAAAACACGAGAAAUAUCACCUCAUCGCCUGAUUCACUUCAAUCUCGAGUACGACGCUCCCGAAGUCUUCAAUUACCAGAAAAAAAGUCUCCAAACACUUCUGGACCAAAUGAUCACAGAUCCGUCAAGACUAACGAGAGAGGCACACAGAAGCGACACGCCUUACCUAACAGAAAAGCACAGUCCACCGAGGAUACAUUGAGUGAGGAUUUAAUUACAGAAUUUCUUUACGGUAUUGGUAAACGUGUCGCUGCGCGCAAUCGUCCUACAUGUCGUUUGGAAGGACUAAAUGACAAUUCAGAACAACGGAAAAAUAAUUCCAAUUCUUAUGAUGUUUAUUUUAUAUCAUCGAAACAGCAACAAUCGCAAUCAAUUAAAACAAACAAUACACCGACCCAACAACAACAACAAAGACCAAAAACUUUACAACGUGGUGUAACAACACCUGUUACAAAUUCUACAUCAAAUCAUGAUUUUACAUUAAGUCCAGAGUCAAAAAUACGAUGUAACAGUAGUAUUUGUGAUUUUUGGCCUCAUUGCACUCAAAGAGAUAAUAUCUAUUCACCAAGUCAAGGUCCAGUUUUUAUGAAAGUAUCACAGAGUUAUCCAGCUCAUCAGAGAAUGACUUCUGAAACUGGUAGUCAAGUUAAUAGAGGCAGUGCAUGUUCUUCUCCGGCUUCACUUGAAAGAAUGGAUGACAGAGACACAAGAGAACGUGAAAAUUCAAGAAAAAAUAACCAAAGAUAUGUUAAUGGUGGUCCCAAGUAUCAGGAACGUGUUCCAAGAGGCGUUUUAAAACCCUCCCGUUGGACUUCGAAUGAAACAAACAAUGUAAUGAAUUCCGAUAAAAGGGAUUAUCGAAAAUCAGAAAUUGGAAAUAAUUUUGACGCUCUUCAAAAGACAGAAAGAAAAGUUUCUCCCAAUCAAAUCAAGUGUUUAAAUAAAUCACCAAGUGGUAUUGCAAUAUCACCAACUUCCUCCUCGUCAUCAUCAUCAUCAUCAUCGAGUAGUGAUAUUUGGGUGACAACUUCCGAUCGAACAACAACAAAAAAUGCCAAAAGUUCGGGUGCAUCAACGCCAAUGGAGGACGCAAUGGCUGGAUCAUUGAAGACAUUAAUCGAACCACCACGUGAUGGAAUUUUAUCAAGACCUGGAAGUGCACCUGCCAAAAGGGGAAAUUCAUUGCCCAGUGAUGUCAUUUUAGAUCCACAACAGAGGUCACUCUCCUUGCCCAAGUCAUUUCUCGCUCACAAUAUCAACGAAAGGUAAGUCUCACUCGUUGAGAUA